CAGAGGGGAGAUAUUGGAGAGAGAGAGAGGGCUGAGGGGUUUUUUCCCUCAUCCUCCAGCAUUUCCAGCCCUUCGCUGGCAGACCCUGCCGUCCGUUUAUUUCCUUUUCGUUUUGUUUUUGUUGCUUUUUGAAGGAGAGUUGUCUUGUCCGCCACCUCCAGAGCAGGGAAGAGUUUCUUGCACAGAAGCCUGAAUACAAUGAAUUCUGACUCCAGCUCUGUCUCCAGCAGAGCUUCCUCGCCAGACAUGGAUGAGAUGUACCUGAGAGACCAUCACCACCACCACCACCAUCACCACCACCAAGACAGCCGGCUCAACUCGGUCUCUUCCACUCAGAACGAUCUGGUGCAGAAGAUGUCUGGGGAAGGCCUCACCAGGAACGGUUCCAAGGCCGGAGGGGAAGGCAGCAAGUACAAAAUCAAGAAGCAGCUUUCGGAGCAGGACCUGCAGCAGCUGCGGCUGAAGAUCAAUGGCCGGGAGCGAAAGAGGAUGCACGACCUCAACCUGGCUAUGGACGGGCUGCGGGAGGUGAUGCCCUACGCUCACGGACCUUCUGUGAGAAAACUCUCCAAAAUCGCCACCCUCCUGCUAGCCAGAAACUAUAUCCUGAUGCUCACCAGCUCCCUGGAGGAGAUGAAGAGGCUAGUUGGGGAAAUCUACGGGGGCCACCACUCGGCCUUUCACUGCGGCACGGUGGGACACUCCGCCGGGCACCCGCCCCACGCCGCCGGCACCGUGCACCAGGUGCAUCCCAUCCUCGGCGGCGCCCUGUCCUCCGCCAACACCUCCUCCUCCCUGUCCGCCUCCCUGCCGGCCAUCGGCACCAUCCGGCCCCCGCACUCCCUGCUCAAGACGCCCUCGACACCCCCCGCCCUGCAGCUCGGCAGCGGCUUCCAGCACUGGGCGGGCUUGCCGUGCCCCUGCACCAUCUGCCAGAUGCCGCCCCCGCCCCACCUCUCGGCCCUCACCGCCUCCAACAUGGCCAGGAUCUCGGGGGACACCAAGGACCUCCUCAAGUGACUCGGCGGGGCUCCCCC